AUGGACGACCUGCGCCUUGCGUUCUCUAAAUUUGGGGUCCUCUGGGCAGCUCUCAUACUGGCCGGUCAUGGUGCUUUGCGGAAGCCCAGCAUCGCAGGCAAGAGUAUCUAUUUUAUUGUCACAGAUCGGUUCGCAAGGAGUGGACCAGACAAGGACAACUAUGAGUUCUGCGACCUAGCCACGAUGCCCAACCCAUUGUUGCCAAAUGGUGGUGCGUGGUGCAACGGUACUUUGCAAGGUAUCAUCGAUCGCCUGGACUACAUCGAGGGCAUGGGGUUCGAUUGCAUUUGGAUUACACCCGUUGUGAAGUCCUUGGACUACACGGGCUACUAUGCUGAGGACUUCUUCGAUGUUGAGCCGCACAUUGGAACAAAGGACACCCUCCGAGCCUUGUCCACAGAACUGCACAAACGGGACAUGUGCCUCGUCGUGGACAUCGUGGCCAACCAUGUUCGACCCUUUGUUGUUCAGUCCGCCUGGACUCCAGAUGCCUUGAAGACUUACCUGGGUCCUGCUGGCAUUAAGCCCUUUGACAAAGAGGAAUAUUUUCACACCUAUGGCAAGUCUCCAGCGACUCCGUUCCGAGACUACGUCCUUGGAGGAGUUGCCCAGGCUUCUCAGAGUCAAGGCAGCGACAAAGUUCUUAAAGAACGAGUACGCAAGAAGCUGACCGAGUGUGGACCGCGCGUCAUGAACCUCACGGAGUGCAACUGUUUUCCGGGCAACAGAGGGCCUGAUUGCCCAGGCUACAAUCCUCAGCUGCAGGUUGAAGGCUGGUUUGGACCGCUUGCUGAUCUCAAUCAGGACCACCCAUUCGUUCGGCAGAAGCUUCUGGAGUACGUGCAGUACCUCGUGAGAGAGUAUGAUGUUGAUGCGUUUCGGCUCGACACCGCGAUUUACAUGGACAAGGAAUUUCUGAAGGAGCUGCAAGAUGCAGCUGGCGUGGACAUUUUGGGUGAGACGACGGUCAACAACAUCAGUUACCACGCGGACUUCCAGGAUGCUUUGACAGGGCUGCUGAAUUUUCCGGCAUUCUACCAGGUCCAUGCGAGCUUCUGCCAGUACCACUUGGGCGGAGACUUGGGGAACUAUCGCCUGCAAGGUGCCUUCACGCCUCAACUUCCGGACUUGAGGAAGCUGUGGGACAUCAUGGCAUUCCAAUCGACGCCGGGUCUCUACAAUAAUCCGGAUUUGCUUGGCAAUUUUGCAGACAACCACGAUGAGUUCGCGCGCAUUACAUACUACUGCGAUCACGACUCCUAUCGGAUCAGGAAUGUGUUGGCGCUGCUCUUCUUUGCUCGCGGCACACCGAUUGUGUACUACGGGACUGAGCAGAGUUUGACGGGGCACCAGGCCAACGUUCUGGAGAAAGCUGCUCUAAAGAAAAGUGGGUUGUCGGACAAGGGCCAGGCUUAUGUCAGAGAAUCAAUGUGGCAGACUCGGUACAACACGUCGACUUGGCAGUACCAGUACAUCAAGCAGCUGAACCACCUGCGCAAGCGGUAUGGCAUCGACGAGGGGGAGCAGGAGCUGGUCAGCGUUUACCACAACCACUUGAUCUUGAAGCGAUUUCCUACCAAUGGAGGCGAGCACGCCGUAUGGCUCUUUAUCAACAACAAUCAAAAUUGGACCGGCGAAUCACCUGUUCUGUACUGCCCAGCGCCUUGGGAAGAAGAAGCCUGGUAUGAUGCAUUCACCGGCCUUCGUGCAUUCCUUCGAAAUGGCUGCUACAUGGCGACUGACAGCAAACCGAAGCUGCUUGUUCGAGGAAUGAGAGGUCCGUUCGUAAAGGGCGUGGAGACCCUGAGUGAGCCAAAACAUGUUUGGAUACUUUGGGUAUUCACUGCGCUGCUUCUCGGCUGUACUACAGUGGAGUUAUAA